GAUAGUUUAUGCUUGCUUUUCUAUUUUGUUUAUUUUCAGGGUGGCGGAGAUUACGAGGAUUUGAGAUUAAGACAAGUUCUAGUGGCCAGUGUAAUCAAGCAGGACCUCAAUCAUCUACAUCAUGUUAUAAAGAUAGAACAUCAACAACACAGUCUGUUUAUACUGUAACUGGAUGUAAUCAACCUUCAUCUGCAUCAUUUUCUGGUAGAACUGUCUAUGUUUCAACCCCUAACAAGCCUUUAACAUUGUGUGAAGUUGAAAUAUUUGCAGAUCAAGCACGAUGUAAUACUGGAUACUACAGUAUAUCACGUUCUACAUGUCAACCAUGUAAUAAAUGUUAUAAUAAUACAUGUGAUCCUACAACUGGUGUUUGUACUGGAGAUUGUAAAACAGGUUUUUAUGGUACAAAAUGUCAACAGAACUGUAGUGAUGGUUGCUUAAACAAUCGAUGUUCUAAAUCUGAUGGUAGAUGCAAUGACUGUAAACCUGAUACAGUUGGUCAAUACUGUAACCGUACAUGUGGUGCAGAAUGUCAACCACGAUCAGACCAGACCACGACCACAUGUGAUAGAAAUGGUAGAUGUACUAACUGUAUGGUAGGAAGACAUGGCGAUAAAUGUGAUAUGAGCUGUAAUACAGGAUGUGAUGGUCGAUGUGAUAGAAAUGAUGGUAAAUGUACAUCUUGUAUUAAAGGUAAAACUGGAGACAGAUGUGAUAUCAACUGUAAUGAUAAUUGUACGUCUUGUAAUCAGGGUAGUGCUGACUCCUGUACUGAAUGUAAAGAUGGAAGAUGGGGAUCAUCAUGUAAUAAACUAUGUAAUACUAAUUGUAAACCAGUAGUAGGUACAACUGUUGGUAAAUGUGAUCAGAUGACACGAACUUGUAUAAAUGGAUGUUUACCUGGUAAAAUAGGAUUAAACUGUACAUCAGAUUGUGAAGCAGGUCGUUAUGGUGAAAACUGUACCAGUAAAUGUGGUAACUGUGUUGAUGAAACACCAUGUGAUAUAAUUACUGGUAGUUGUGGACUUGUUGGCUGUGUUGAUGGUUUCCAAGGUCCAACUUGUAAAGAUGUACAAACCCCACAAGAACCAGACGAUUACACGACAAUAAUAGCUGCUGUAGUAUCAGCUGUGGUUGCAAUUAUUAUCGCUUCUGUUGUUAUCUUUCUAGUCCUAAAAUGCAGAAGGCGUCAAAAAUCAAGAGAAUCGGACCAAGUAUUGGCGAAUGAUAUACCAAUGAAAGCUAAAACAGAUGCAUCAAGACCUUCAGAAAAACAACUUAAAGUGGAAGAGAAGCCUAUUGAGAGUGGUAAUACAUAUGUUAAUCCAUUGGGCUCUUCCAACAAAGAAGAAGUCGGUGAACGAUCAACACAAGUUUAUGUAAACGUUGAUGAACCAAGUGAACCGUCUACGCGUGUUAAAUUGACCAAUCUGCUGCCAUAUAUCAAAUCCAGAAAAAAAGAAAAAACCUUCAAAACUGAAUAUCAGACUCUUCCAAGUGGACUAUGUUCAGCAUAUGAUUAUUGUAUGAAUGCUGUUAAUAAGCCUAAAAAUAGAUAUAAAAACAUAUGUGCUUUUGAUCAUUCACGAGUUAAACUGGAUAUAGAAAACGAUGACCCUAAUUCUGAUUACAUCAAUGCUUGUUAUAUAACUGUAAGUUAUUAGUUAUUUACUAGCUAGGUAUGCUUAAUGGGCCUGGCUACCCAC